AUGCCCGAGAAGCGCACUUUGGAUGCUUUCUUCGCGCCGUCUGCGAAGAGGCCACGUGAAGCCGAGGCUGAGCCAGUGUCAACCUCAAAGCACAGCGCGUAUCCAUUUGACAUUGCCGACUUUCCAGCGACUCUGGCAAAAGAGCUGUCACCCCCAAACAUACCCGACAAACCUGGCCAGACAAUAGAUGACAAGCAAGACUUAGAUCUGCUUUACUUUGACCCCUUUGUGCCCAAGCUGCAGGCUCGUCAGCUUUUUGAGUUUCUGAGAGCAGAGCUGCCGUUUUACAGAGUCCAGUACAAAAUCAAGCGCGGAGGCAUAGAGACGGAAAUCAAGACGCCCAGAUGGACGACCGUUUUCGGCUUGGACGAAACGUCGCGAUUCAAAGACGGGCGGGUCGUUGACGCCGAGUCUGAAGUGCUGGUAGCAGACGGCCGUUACACCCGUUACCCUCCGCGACCAAUUCCGCAAUGCCUCGAAACAUUGCGCAGGGCUACCGAGGCUGCUACAGGGUGCAAAUUCAAUUUCUGCCUCGUCAACUACUACGCUUCCGGGGCGGACAGCAUCUCCUACCACAGCGAUGACGAGAGGUUUCUAGGGCGAGAUCCCACGAUUGCUUCAUUCUCGCUAGGCGCCCAACGUGACUUCCUGAUGAAGCACAAAACGGCGCCGGAGAGUUUGAAGCUUGCCCUGGGGAGCGGGGCCAUGAUUUUGAUGCGCGGGACAACACAGUCGCGGUGGCUGCACUCCAUUCCGAAGCGAACCGGCAAGAACAGUGAGGACGGUGGAAGGAUUAACAUCACCUUCCGUCGGGCCAUGACGAAAGAUGGGACAGAAAAUUACUACAAUUACAAUGUCGGACGCGGACCAAUGUAUCGAUGGGACAGGAUACGACGAGAAAUGAGACAGCGCAAUGAAUAA